AUGGCGUGGGAGUGGGCUUGUUUAUAUAGGAGAGUGAAUGGUUAUGACCUUGUGCGCUAUUUGGGUGUACAGAUAGACGGUGCAAUUGCGUGUGAACAGUCAAUGGUCAGCGGAAAAAGUCCGAUCGGCCAUCUCCUCCACCGAAGCUGCUCGUCGUCAAGUGCUCCAAUCAAUCCUCGAUCUCUUCCAAAGCUACUUUCGUCCACUCGCUACUCCUCCCUCGAUCUUCUUUACUCGAAGCCGUUGUCACCCAACGCUCAUCCUCCCUUGAUCUCCUCCAUCAAAGUUGUUGUUGUUUGUUUCAACUAG